AUGGCUUCUCCUCAGCAGAUCCGCACUCCCAUCACCGAUCUUUUCGGGAUCAAGCACCCCGUCCUGCUGGCUGGCAUGAACGUCGCUGCCGGCCCCAAGCUGGCGGCGGCUGUCACCAACGCCGGCGGUCUCGGUGUCAUCGGCGGCGUCGGCUACACUCCUGACAUGCUCAAGGAGCAGAUUGCCGAGCUCAAGAGCUACCUGAACGACAAGAACGCUCCCUUUGGCGUCGACCUGCUUCUCCCCCAGGUCGGUGGAAACGCCCGUAAGACAAACUACGACUACACCAAGGGCAAGCUCGAUGGCCUCGUCGACAUCAUCAUCGAGUCCGGCGCCAAGCUGUUCGUCUGCGCCAUCGGUGUGCCGCCCAAGCCCAUCGUCGAGAAGCUGCACAAGGCCGGCAUCCUGUACAUGAACAUGAUUGGCCACGUCAAGCACGUCCAAAAGUGCCUCGACGUCGGCGCCGACAUCAUCUGCGCCCAGGGCGGUGAGGGCGGCGGCCACACCGGCGACACCCCGACGACGGUGCUGAUCCCCGCCGUCGUCGAGGCCGUCGGCAACGCAAAGUCGCCCCUGACAAAGGGCCCCGUCCAGGUCAUCGCCGCCGGCGGCAUCAGCAACGGCCAGACGCUCGCCGCGGCCCUCGUCAUGGGCGCCUCGGCCGUCUGGGUCGGCACCCGCUUCAUCCUGACCGACGAGGCCGGCGCGCCAAAGUCCCACAAGGACGCCGUCCGCACCGCCGGCCACGACGACAACGUACGCACAAUCAUCUUCACCGGCCGGCCCAUGCGCGUGCGCAACAAUGCCUACAUCAACGACUGGGAGACCAACCGCCAGCAGGAGAUGAAGGAGCUCGCCGCAAAGGGCACUAUCCCCUACGAGGCCGAUCUCGACAAGGUCCUCAACGGCGGCGAGAAGCCCUCCAUUGUCCAGACCGCCGAACAGGCCAACAACGACGAGGAUGACGAUCCUCUGGAGCAGUUCCGCCCCUUCCUGAUGGGCAAGGCUGCUGCCGUUGUCAACGUCCAGAAGCCCGCCAAGGCUGUUGUCGAUGAGCUCGUCAACGAUGCUGUUGCCCAACUGAAGAAGAGCAACCAGCUCAUCGUCGGUGCUCAAUCCAAGUUGUAA